CUCGGCCGGUUCUCCCAUCUGGCGGUCUUGCUAGCUCUGCCUUUCUCUGAGACGAGGCUCUCCCCCCUUCGUCUGUUCCCCGUGAGAAGAUGGCGGCUGGAUCCAGCCCAGUCAUGCCCCCAGUCCGAGUCCCUCCGCCGGUGCCUGUCGAGGCAGCCGGAAGCAGCACACACACGUCCAUGCAUCGGAGUCGACGAAGUCAAUCAAACCAUCGACACAGUGGUCACCAGUCUUCUGCAUCGUCUAUAGCGCAUGGAUUCCGUGCAGAGGAUCUGCCCCUCGGAACCCGAACGCCGCAGUCCGGCCAUGCAUCAUGGCUUUCACGGGGCAACGAUUCGAGCGCAUCGUUCCAGUCGUCCGUUCAGAUGGAAGAAGCGAAGCCGCGAUGGGACUCGGAUAGUGAGCUCAAACAGGUGUCCAAGUCGCUUCUUCGCCUCCAGAAAUGGGCUCUUCUCGUCGGCCUCUGCAUCAUCAACGGCGUCCUGAUCUGGGUGUCCGUAACGUACCACGAGGCAUGGGUCCUCUUCAUCAUCCUGCUCAGCUCCAACACCAUAUUGCAGUUCCUCAUGAUCCUGUGCAUCAUCGCCCACUUCCUGGUCACGCGGGUCUUCUGCUUCUACUUUUUCCGGAAAGAGCACAAACCAGAACACCCCGAACGCAUGGUGAUGCUCCUCCCCUGCUACAACGAGACCUUGUCGGAGCUCACCCGGUCCCUCGACUCGCUCAUCGCGCAGAAGAACAUCGACGACCACCCGCGCCUCAUCUUCAUCAUCGUCGACGGCAACGUCAAGGGCCCCGGGAUGGACAAGACGACGCAGCAGUACCUCCUGGAAGACAUCCUCGAGCCCGGCCCGUCGCGCGUCUUCGAAAACGGCUACCGCGCGCGCGACGGGCUGUUCAUGCCGACCAAGAUCCAGACGGGCUUCCACAGGGGCAUCCCCUACGUCUUCGUCGGCAAGAAGUACAACCAGGGCAAGCGGGACAGCCUGUGCUUCGCGCGCUCGUUCAUGUACCACUACCAGAUGCGGUCCACCAACGUGGUGACCAUGUUCAGCAACGACCUCUUCGAGCACAUCGGCAACGUGUUCAUGCAGAGCGGGCUCGAGCACGUCGAGUACCUGGUGGGCAUGGACGCCGACACCGUCUUCGACGACUACUGCGUCUGGGAGAUGGUCCGCGAGAUCCGCAAGAACCCCAAGCUGGUGGGCGUCUGCGGCCACGUCUGCGUCGACUACGACGGCCGCAACUGGGGGCUCUGGUCGCUGUACCAGUCGGUCGAGUACUCGCAGACGCAGGGCCUGCGGCGCAUGUUCCAGUCGCGCGUCACGGGCAAAGUGAACUGCCUGCCCGGCUGCUGCCAGCUCAUCAAGGUGGACAAGUCGACGUUCGGCGACGAGGUGCUCCGCGAGCGCUUCGGCUACUGCCCCAAGCCGAACGACCUGAUGACGCUGCACAUCAUGGGCAACUACUCGGAGGACUCGAUCCACGCGAGCAUCAUCUUUAGCCUGUUCCCCAAGCGGCAGACGGCCCAGGCCCUGCGCGCCAAGGCCUACACCGUCGUGCCGCAGAGCUGGAACGUGUUCCUGUCGCAGCGGAAGCGAUGGGCCCUCGGCGCCAUCUCGAACGAGUUUGUCAUGAUUUUCCGGCCCGGUAUCAUCCCCGUCGAGCGUCUCCAGUCGGUCAUUACCGUCAUCACCUGGGCCAUCACGCCGUUUAUCAUGUCGGCUCUGGUCCAGCUCGUCAUCAUCCUCGUGCGACGUGGCGAGGACCUGAGAAAUGACAUUGCCUUUUUGACCCUGAUUUCCAUUCUCGCCUUUCGAUAUCUCUACUCCUUCUGCAUCGGGUUCUGGCUCCCACGGUCUCUGCUAGAAAAAGCACAAUACUUCAUCGGCUACUUCUUCCACCUUGUGACAUCCCCCUUCAUCAACAUGGUCAUCUUGGCCUACUCCCUCUUCAACUCGGACGACUUCAAAUGGGGCAAGACGCGCGAAGUCGUGUCACCCGAUGGCGAGGAGGGCGACGGCGUCGGCGGUCGGAAUACGUUUUAGAAGACCUCACCCGAAGGUUAUCGGCCGCCCGAGAGACGAUACCCAGUCAACAUCUGCCUCUCACCUUUACAUAUCAUACAUUCCAUUCUUACUUUCUUUCGUUAUAGUUAUUUUCUACCUAACAUGAAUCUCGACAU